AUGCAGGAUCACCGUACACAAGAAGUGUACGCUGACCUCCAUAACGGUGCGGAGGCGUCUCUCUAUUCCAGAGACCUUCCACAUCCUCCAGUCGUUUACGGGUCCAAUCCAUGGACCCAUAAGAGACCAGACAAUGCCGUCUGGUCCCACGAUAGCUUGCCACUUCUGACCAUGCUGUCGAGAAUGGCCAGAGUAUACGGCACGCUGCCGUACGUAGUCUUGCGGAUGGCAAAACCCAUGAAAGGUGCCAUCCACGAACCCCCAGAUCCUCUCCCCUCCUCCUUGUGCCUCAAUAGCAGUGGCAAACCCCUGAAGCCGACUAUAAGUCAGCAAGGGGUGCCAUGCAAGGCAGUCUUCAAAUCGGCGGUACAAGAAGAGUACCACGUCAUUGAAGACUGUAGACAGCCAGCUUGCGGAGCAUCCGAAAAGCUCAACGCAAGUAAUCCACCAGCCAGGAUAUGCGAGCCUUGCAAGGAUGACGCAGAGGGCUGUCUCAGGAAUCAAGGUCGAAGUCGAACUGCUUAUACUCAAAAGCAGUUCGACGGCGUUGUUCCUUGCGCUGUUGUUGAUAGCGGCGGUAAUGCAAAGGCAAAGGCAAAGGCAAAGGCAAAGGCAAAGGCAAAGGCAAAGGCAAAGGCAAAGGCAAAGGCAAAGGCAAAGGCAAAGGCAAAGGCAAAGGCAAAGGCAAAGGCAAAGGCAAAGGCAAAGGCAAAGGCAAAGGCAAAGGCAAAGGCAAAGGCAAAGGCAAAGGCAAAGGCAAAGGCAAAGGCAAAGGCAAAGGCAAAGGCAAAGGCAAAGGCAAAGGCAAAGGCAAAGGCAAAGGCAAAGGCAAAGGCAAAGGCAAAGGCAAAGGCAAAGGCAAAGGCAAAGGCAAAGGCAAAGGCAAAGGCAAAGGCAAAGGCAAAGGCAAAGGCAAAGGCAAAGGCAAAGGUGAAGACGAAGGAGAAGAUGAAGGUGAAGACGAAGGUGAAGACGAAGGCAAAGAUAAAGACGAAGGUGAAGGAACAGUGGUAG